AUGUUCCCCACUUGGCAUCAAGCCACAACAAAAAGAGUCGACAAAUCAACAAAAAUGAUGCUUGGCAUGUCGAUGAUCAACACUACAAUGUCCGAAAUGGACAUAGAAAUGCGGAAGACGAGCACCGGCAAGGUUUUACCCAAUCAAUCAAUGGGUACACGACCGACCCGGUGCCUCGUUUAUGAGAAAUCAGCCGCGGGCACACACAUUGCAUAUGAGGCGGCCGACUACGCACGCCUGAGGACACACAGUAACUCCGAUCCGUUCAUUGGUAUCCCACCGGUUGACGGUGAAUGGACACAAAAUGGGAUCCUCGCAACGAAUCAAAUGAUGACAAUCGAGAAUGAUCCGUUCGGCGAUCUGGAUGAGGAGUUGCCCUGGCUAGAGACUUUUACUGAUCUCAAUCAAUAUGAGGACCACUUUCAAUAUUUGCCAACAUCACCACUCGAGGAGGAGCUCACGAAGAAAGCAGCUGAGGUCGACUGGGAAGAAUGGGAUCGCUUCUUGCGCGAGAAUCAUCCAGUUGAAUAUCAUUUUGGCUCCGGUCCAUCAUCUCCUCUUCCAAGUACUUUCUGCGAAGAAUACAUCCCAAAUUUCGAGGUGAUCGAAUCAGGGAAACGAUUCGAGGAACAAGAGAUUCAGCCUCCAUCCCAAUCAAGAAUCCCGAUUGAGGCUUUUCCUGAAGAUUUCGAGAUAAUCGAAGAGUUUUUCGAGAUCGAGAAAGAGGAAAAGGAGGAACCGGCUAGGAAACCGAAAAGAGGAAGACCAAGAUUGCCGAAACCGCAAAGGACACACAAAGCGAAGAGGUUCAACCCAUACAGUGAUGAGGAGGAGGAUGGGGACGAGACCAACCCGUCCGAUGUGCGCCGAAAGGCGCUCAACCGCGACGCCGCUUUCCGCUAUCGGGAGCGUAAGAAGGCGCAGAAAGAGGCCGCUUCUUCCGAGGCACAGGAACUCGAAUCGCGUAACUCGUGGCUGACCGGUCGUGUCUCGAUGCUCACCAGCGAGAUUCGCCGAAUGCGCGCUCAUCUCAAGGAUAUGGGCGCAAUCGAG